UUUGCUCCGACGCGUAAAUAGGAUGCGUGCAGUGAGCGUGUGGACCAGAUAACCGGGUCGCUGCUGACAAAGAUGCUUUCUCCUCCGUGCGUAGCUCAGGAAACAACAUGACGAUGAUGAGGAGCGGAGUGUGAGAGCGAGCGAUUUCCUGCUUGUCAAUCACACCUUUCCAGGGGUUUGUCCUCGUCUUUGUGUCGGCAUAGCUUCCUGAAGCGAGCAAACACAGCUGGUUUCACUUUGAAGAGUUGUCAGGGUUAUUUGUAUCAUUUUAAAUAUUUCGAUGGGCGAGGAAAAGCCGGACACGCUGGACUUUGUGAAGGAUUUCCAGGAGUAUCUGAGCCAGCAGACCCAGCAUGUCAACAUGAUAUCAGGCUCUGUCAGCGGCGUGAAGGAGGCGGACGAGCUGCCACCAGACUGCAGUCAGAAUGGACUGGAUCACCCCUCAGUGGACAUGUCACUGGAGGACAGCUCGGGGAUCCUGGUGGAUGGUUUUGAGAGGACCUAUGACGGCAAACUCAAGUGCCGCUACUGCAACUAUGCCACCAGAGGCACGGCAAGACUCAUUGAGCACAUCCGAAUUCACACAGGCGAGAAACCCCAUCGCUGCCACCUCUGCCCAUUUGCUUCCGCCUACGAGCGCCACCUGGAGGCUCACAUGCGAUCCCACACAGGCGAGAAGCCUUAUAAAUGUGAGCUGUGCUCCUUCCGCUGCAGUGAUCGUAGCAACUUGUCGCACCAUCGGCGUCGACGCCACAAACUCCUGCCAAUGAAAGGCGCUCGCUCGCUAUCCCACAAGAAGAUGCUGAGCGUUUUACAGAAAAAGGCCAGCUCUCUGGGCUAUGGCCGUCGACUCCUCAUCAACUUCAGCCCCCCUUCUAUGGUGGUGCAGAAGGCUGACAAUGUGAACGACUUCUCGCAUGAGCUGCCCCACUUACGUCAGGAGACUUACGAUAAUCAGGGUCGCGCAGUGGAGGACGGGCACUCCACAAAUCAAAAUCACCAUCACCAUGAUAUGGUUAUGGAUAACCCGCUGAACCAGCUGUCCACCCUGGCAGGCCAGUUGGCCAGCCUCCCUUCUGAGUCCCAGGACCAGACUCAACCUCCGAUGUCUCCAGGAGCAGAGUCUAUGGUCGAUGAGAAGCCCUUCCUCAUCCAGCAGCCCCACCCUGCCACAGCUCCAGUGGCUGUGUCUGCCAGCAUGGUCCACGCCUCCUCCCCUUCUCCAGUCACCCCAGAGCCCCGGGCUCCUCCCCACAGCAAUUGCAGCCCUGGAGGGGCACCCUGCAGCGAGCACAGUGGGCGCACCAGUACCCCUAGUAUCUCCAACAGUCAACCCAGUACACCGGCCCCAGGCCUGUCCGUCCCACUCCAGGACCCCCACAUGCUGCAUCACUGCCAGCACUGUGACAUCUACUUCCCCGACAACAUCCUCUACACCAUCCACAUGGGCUGCCAUGGCUACGAGAACCCAUUCCAGUGCAACAUCUGCGGCCACAAGUGCAAGAGCAAGUACGACUUUGCCUGCCACUUUGCCCGCGGGCAGCACAAGUAACGGAUGAAUGAGGGAAAACUUUGAAAGAACUUUUAACGGACAGUUUAGUUUUAUUAAUUCCAUAGUAAUUUUAUUUAUUGGUCUCUUACUUGGCCUUGAUGUAGCCUAGCCUUUUGAAAGUUGUACAAUAUUAACAUUCAGAUUGUUUAAUUAUGUAUAAUUAAAGGUGCCCAUUCAAGUGUAUUAUAAAGGGAUAAUCAGUGUUUUCAACGGGUUGAGAAUUUAUUUGUAGUGUCAUAAAUCAGAAAAACAAAUUCCCUACUUGGCCAAAAUAGUUACGAUAUUAAAUGUAGUAAGUUAUCAAAAUAAUCAGCAGUACACAAAAUGUACUGCUGUUCAUACGUUGGAGCUUCUCUUCAGUACGUGAGCUUAAUCUUUCAAAUCUGUCAUUCAGAUGCAAUAGUAUGCAACACUAAGUUAACUAACAAAAGUGGCUUUCAUUGUACCUAUCUAAAGGAAAAUGAUCAUUUUAUACAGUUUAUAUGGCCUCAUAUCGGGCUGAGGUAAAUGAUAACUAGAGGCCACUCGAAGUAAUUCAUUCAGCAAUUUAAUAACGACUUAUGAAUUACCCUAGAAGAUGGUUAACAGCAAUGUUGCAUAAACAUGAUUUGCAAUUGAAUGGCUAAAACACAAACAGAAUACAAGUGUUAUCCUUUUCAGUGAAGUUAUAACACUCAUGCUAUUCACACAGCAAAUUGACUCUCACUCUCAACAGUCUGUCCCUUUUAUUAAUAAGAAAAAAAUCAUUGAAUAAAUUCUCAACCUCCUGAGAGCUAUAUCUAAAUAUUGCUCUGAUACUGAUGCAGGAGUGGACCUGUUGGCCUAGAAUGAUCUUACUUAAGCCUUGUUGAAAUUAUUUCAGUGCUUGGUGCAUUACUACUAUUCUUUGCAGUGCCUGACAAAGUCACUUUCUUGUGUGUUCAAGAUAAAAUGGACUGUUACUUUGAAGAUUAACAGAUGUUAUAACAAUAUCCUCUUCUUGCUGUGAUCAAUAGGCCCAGAACCUUAGAAAAAGAGUUUUACCAUUGUAGUUUUCUAUGGUAGCCAUUAUUUUUUGCCAAAUUUCUGCUACAUGAAUGCUGCUAAGAAACUUUGGAAUCUUAAAUAUGUGGACGGCAUCAACCUGGCCAAACUUUGUAUCGGUGGAGUUAGGUUGUCACACUAGAUUUUGUAGAAGUUGGGUUGUUUUGAAGUUCCUUCACUCAGUGCCCUUCCUUGACCAGCAUCAUGGUAACUUCACAUGUUUGGUUAAAAGGGUUUUGCCUAUCCUUUUAAUUCCAUCAUGUCACAUUCUGAUGUUUUGAUAUUGUACGAAGUCACUUUGAUAUCCAGUAUCUGCGUGUUUAGGACAGAAUCAUCAAGUCUUGUGUCUCAUGUGAACACUUGUUCAGAAUUGCCACGUAGCACCGGGGAUGCCACGUUUUCGCCUUUGUGAUAAUAACACACACUGAGAUUCCCCAUUUAUCACAUGGAUCCCAGUGCUUUUCUGAAUAUUUACUGAGUAUUGUAUUCUGAGUUGUUGGAUAGAUGUUCAGUGUCAAAAAAGCAAAUUCAUGUCGCAGUAAGACUGCCACUUUAGCAAGAUUGUUCUUUGUCUUGGGUACUGUUGUUUGUUGCUUAGCAACAUGCGUGGAGAACAUUGUUACUGUUUUUAGGAGCGUCUCCUUGUUGCCAUGCUAACCAGUAACGGCGGCAUCCAGUAAUGACUGCCUUACGUUCUGUUGGUGUGUCGUAGGUUCAUAGGUAAUGGUGAAUGUUGAAGCCUGAUGGCGAUCACUCUCUCCCUCUGGGAUGGCAAAUCAUUUUAUCGUGAGAUGGAUUAAUCUUACUAAUUUAUAAGUAAAGUGUUUUCUAACUGAGUUGCACUUUGUCUUUUGU